AUGGCCAACUCCUGCUGUUUGCCUUGCUGCCAGCCUUCCUGCUGCACGACCACCUGCUGUAAGCCAACCUGUGUGACCAGCUGCUGCCAGCCAUGCUGCAAGCCCAGCUGUUGUGAGACCACCUAUUGUAAGCCAACUUGUGUGAGCAGCUGCUGCUGCUGCACACCGUGCUUCAAGCCCAGCUGCUGUGAAACCACCUGCUGCAGGACCACCUGCUGUAAGCCAACCUGUGUGACCAGCUGCUGUCAGCCCUGCUGCAAGCCCAGCUGUUGCAAAACCACCUGCUGUACAACCACCUGUUGUAAACCAACCUGUGUGACCAUAUGUUGCCAGCCCAGCUGUUGUAAAACCACCUGCUGCAAGACCACCUGUUGUAAGCCAACCUGUGUGACCAGCUGCUGCCAGCCCUGUUGCCAGCCCAGCUGCUCUGAAACCACCUGCUGCAAGACCACCUGCUGUAAGCCAACCUGUAUCACCAGCUGCUGCCAGCCCUGCUGCAAGCCUACCUGUUGCAAAACCACCUGCUGCACAACCACUUGUUGUAAGCCAACCUGUGUGACCAGCUGCUGUCAGCCCUGCUGCAAGCCCAGCUGCUGUGAAACCAUCUGCUGCAAGACUACCUGCUGUGAGCCAACCUGUAUUACCAGCUGCUGCCAGCCCUGCUGCAAGCCCAGCUGUUGCAAAACCACCUGCUGCACAACCACCUGUUGUAAACCAACUUGUGUGACCAGCUGCUGCCAGCCCUGUUGCAAAACCACCUGCUGCACAACCACCUGUUGUAAGCCAACCUGUGUGACCAGCUGCUGUCAACCCUGCUGCAAGCCCAGCUGCUGUGAAACCACCUGCUGCAGGACCACCUGCUGUGAGCCAACCUGUAUUACCAGCUGCUGCCAGCCCUGCUGCAAGCCCAGCUGUUGCAAAACCACCUGCUGCACAACCACCUGUUGUAAACCAACUUGUGUGACCAGCUGCUGCCAGCCAAGCUGCUCUAAAACCACCUGCUGCAAGACCAUAUGUUGUAAGCCAACCUGUGUGACCAGCUGCUGCUGUCCACCCUGCUGCCAACCGAGCUGCUGUGAGACCAGCUGCUGCAAGACCACCUGCUGUAAGCCUACCUGUGUGACCAGCUGCUGCUCUCCACCCUGCUGCCAACCCAGCUGCUGUAAAACCACCUGCUGCAAGACCAGCUGCUGUAAGCCAACCUGUGUGACCAGUUGUUGCUGCACACCCUGCUGCCAACCUUGCUGCUGCCAGCCCUGCUGCUGCCAACCCUGCUGCUGUGAGCCCUGCUGCUGCCAGCCCUGCUGCUGUGAGCCCUGCUUCUGCCAGCCCUGCUGCUGCCAGCCUUGCUGUUGUGAGCCCUGCUUCUGCCAGCCCUGCUGCUUCAACAUUGAGGAUGGUGUCAGUUACAUACAGUGUAACGGGUCUGAAGAUGAGAACAAACACAAGAACUUUGAUGGAUGA